AUCCAGCUUUCUGACGUUUAAAAAUUCCAAAAUUUUGAAGUUCUUGUCGAAAAUUUUCAUUCAUAUUCUAUACGAUAAAUAAUGGCUUCUGAUUCACCGGAUGAAACUGCAUUCAAAGAGCUGAGAGCUAUAUUCGAAAAUUUGAGCGUAUACCUUCAUAAGGAUAAACAGAUCCAUGAAAGCGACCAAGAUAAAGAAACUGAAGGUGGAAAUGGGAGUAUAGUUGAUGGUUAUUUCGAACAAUUAUUCGAGAAAAUAGAGGGAUACCUCGUUUCAUCUGUGAAUUCUUCUCCAGAAAACGUGAAAUUUCUGUCAAUGAAAGCUUCAUUAUUGUAUGAAAAAGCAAAAAUAAGGCUUACACGGGAAUCUAGUUCUGAUGCCCUUUUGAUGUUGCAAGAUACGCUGAAGCUCAUUGAAGACUUUGCUGAUCACGAUUUCAUAAUAUUUCUGUAUUUGCGAAUAGUUAAUCACUUAUCCUACCUUCUGUCGAAAAAUGGCAGACUUGAGGAAGCAAGAAAUUUGUUAGAAAAUAUCUUAUAUAAAGAGUAUAGCCCGAAUGUAGUUGUUUACAGCACAGAAGAUUUGUUCAAGGCGGAAGAACCAGAAGCUUCAUUGUGUAGACUGAAAUUCAACAAGCUCAUGCUCAACAACGUUCAAAUGCUUGGUUGGAUUUACGGAAAGCUGGGUUUUCAUGAUCUCCACGCCUUCAUGGAACAUUUGUACCUGCAGAAGCAGCUGGAAAUCGAAGAUUUGAGUGUCUUACAUUGGACUUCUAAAUGUUGCCGUUUGGUAAUCAUCUACCUUACGGCCAACAAUUGGAUCUAUGCUAGAUAUUAUUUAGCUUCAGUUGGUGCUCUGCUAUCUGAAAAAAUGGGCGAUCCCAAGUCGACACCUGAACUGCCACAAGCUAAAGCUAACCUCAGUAAGGCGUGGAUUCACUAUGGACUUCAUUUGUUCAGUGCCAGCAAAAAAAAGCUGUUGGAGAAAAUAUAUGAUAAUGAAAACGACACCACGAAAACCGAAGAGAAAUCCCAGUUCCAAGUACUAGACCAGCACAAGUUCCGUGGAUUGCAAGUGACAGUGCCAAAUGUACCGUCAAAUUUCAUAACAAACACUCAAGAAGCCAGAGCACUCUUCAUUCAUACCCAGAACUGGUUGAAACAGAUACGUACUUUUUAUACGUUGAGGGAUUAUCCGCUUCAGUACGUGAACGCAGUGUUGGAUCUGAGUGAAUUAUACAGAUUUUUAGCAUUUUACGAGAACGAUCUAGAAUCCCAGUAUAAUGUUCAGAAAAGAAGGUCCGAGACUUUAGAAGCACCCAGUACUUUGUUGAGAGAGGUGAGACCAAGUUGUUAUACCGCCGUUAGCGUCGAACUAUGGAGAGAAUUGGCAGAAGUGCAAAUUGAACUUAUGGGAAUCAACUUGAAAAGGCUGUAUACAUAUGAAAGCGAACAAGAAACAGCAGAUAAUAUAAAGAAGAGAAUAGAAGCUGUUACAGAAGUUCACGACAAGCUCGAAGUGAUGGGAGAUACAAUACUAUCAGUACAGCAGAAGCAGGCAGAAGUUGGAAAUCAAGAAGCCACUUUAUCGUCCAGAGAAUAUUGUCCAUGAAAACGUUCACUGAAAUCGGGGACAGUAUAUGCCAAAGAGAGCUGUGAUUGUUCCUGUUAAAUUGUCAACAAAGUGUCUAAUGAUCGAUUUAUAAAAAUGUCAGUAUAAAAUUAAGAAUAUCUAAAAUGAAUCAUUUAAUUUCGAAACGUAGUACAGUUUUAAUUUUCAUUCUCAUUUCGAAAGAAAUAUGCUGUUAUACAUUUCCUUCCGAUUUUCAACUUGAAAUUUGUUCCAAUAAGAGAACGGAAAAUCACCAAAAAGAGGAAAAUCCAGAGCAAAAUUACUUUCCAGCCAUUAUUGAUAAGCUCAAAUGUUUAUUAUGUCUGACGAUAUCUUACGCCAAAUCCAUUUUCAAUAAUUUCGUGAAAGAUGCUUUUGCAGGGAACAAAUACUAUCAUUACAUCUCAAAGAACAUACAGAUAUAAACCUCCCCCAUCAUUAUUCGAAACACUGGCAAUAUGGACUGGAGCGGUUAGGGAAGACGAUGCCGAUGAAAUAUGGGUGUCACAAAAACUUUUCAUGUUGGCCUCUUCAUUAAUUUUCUCAAUGCUAUUUCUGUAUUAUGGACAAAAUUGGCUAGGGAAAUUAUGGAAGAUUACGGAAGUAGUAAAAAUCAGAAUUUAUCUAGAUAAUGAGAAACUCGUUACUACCAAAAUAUCUCCAUCAGUAUCGAUGGCUACAUGUAGAUCAGAAUUGGAUGAAAAUUAGCUAGUGUCAAAAUUUUGGUUCCACUUUCUGGGAUGAUAAAUAACAAACAAUGUAUAAAAAUAAAUGCUAUAAUAUAAUUUUCAAUCGUU